AUGCGUGCAGAUGGUGGAAAGAAUUGGAAUUUGCAACUAAGCUCCCUUAUGCGAGAGACUUAUGCGAGAGACCGACUCGUGGAAUGCUAUUUUUGCAUAGUGGGGGUUUAUUUUGAGCCAAAUUACUCUCUUGCUAGAAUGAUGUUAACCAAAGUUAUAGCCUUGACUUCAAUCUUAGAUGAUACCUACGAUGUGUAUGACACAUUGGAAGAACUCAACCUCUUCACAAAUGCAAUUGAAAGGUGGGAUACAAUAAGCGGCAUGGAUCAACUUCCUGAAUACGUGAAAGUGCUUUAUUUUGCACUCCUAGAUGUUUACAAUGAAAUUGAGCAAGAACUAAGAAAGGAAGAUGGGCAAUCUUAUCGACUUAAUUAUGCAAUAAAAGUAAUGAAGAAACAUGUCAGAGACUACUUCAUAGAAGCCAAAUGGUUUAAUGAAGGAUACAUUCCAACAUUCGAAGAGUAUAUGGGAAUUGCAUUGACCUCCAGUGGUUACCCUAUGCUUACAGUCACAUCCUUCGUCCUAAUUGGCGGCAUGGCAGAUAUUAUUGUGACAAAGGAGGCAUUAGACUGGGUAAUUGAUGAUCCUAAACUUGUGAGGGUUUCAGCCUUAAUAAGCCGGCUUAUGGAUGAUAUUGUGUCCCACAUGAUGGAGCAAGAGAGAGGACAUGUUUGUUCGAGUGUUGAGUGCUACAUGAAACAACAUGGUGUCACCGAACAAAAGGCAUGUGAUGAGUUUAAAAGAAGAAUAGAGAAUGCAUGGAAAGAUAUAAAUGAAGGGUGCAUCAAACCGACUAUUGUCCCAAUGUCAUUUCUGAUGCGGAUUCUCAAUCUUACGCGUAUGAUGGAUGUCAUAUAUAAGCAUGGAGAUGGAAUCACUAAUGCCUCACAAGUUCUGAAAGACUACGUCACUUUGUUGUUCAUUGAUCCAAUUUGA